UCCGAGAUGAAAGUCAGUGCUGUCCUYGUACUUGGUGUGGCCCUGCUCUGUCAGGGACAUAGCAACGGUGUGGAUUCAUGUGUGGGUCGGUGUGGUUAUGGAACUGACARUAAUUUCUCCUGCCAGUGCAACCCAGCAUGUGAGAAGUUCAAUGACUGCUGCUCMGACUACGCUGAAGUAUGCAAAGCCGAUGCCUUGUCUUGUAAAAACAGAUGUGGUGAGACUUACAACUCCCAGAACCAGUGCCACUGCAACUCCAAGUGCCCUCAGUACAACAACUGCUGCAGCGACUAUGCAGACCUCUGUGACGUUGACACCGGAGGUGGUACCGUCAUCACUGACGGUGAAAUCAAGACUCUCUCUGAGGCUCUUUACGCCCUGGACUCAAACAAAGCUUCAUCCUCACAGCUGAUCCUCGACCCUCAAGCUCUGGUGCCAGACUCCCAGACCGGCUCCCAGACUGACCUCUCCUCUGCGCCGCUGUUCCGGUACCUGGACGAGAGCGCGCUCUUUUCCAGGCCUACAUAUGCUGCUCUGAUGGCUGUGCUGGACAACUACAACAGGAUGACAGGCCAGGCAGAGGACUUCAGCUCUCAGCAGCUGGCUGAGCAGGAGAUGUUCCUCAAAGAAACAAUGUCCAACACUGCACUGGGCAGAGAGCUGUUUGCCUUCCUUUACUCCAAAGGUGUUUAUAAAUCAGAGGAAGAGUUUCUGUACGACCUGAAGAUGAUGUGGUUUGGUCUGUACUCCCGCAACAACAAGCAGCUGGACUCCAGUGGUUUUGAGCACAUCUUCGCAGGAGAGAUCAAAGGAGGGAAGGUGUCUGGUUUCCACAACUGGAUCCAGUUUUAUCUCCAGGAGAAAAAAGGAAAGUUGAACUAUUACAGUCACAGCUUCAACGGGCCUUGGACUACGUAUCCUGACGUGAUGGGGAUGCAGUUCAUGUGGGAUGGCUACUACAAGCAGGUCGGCUCUUCGGUCAUCGGCUGCAGCCCCGAGUUUGAUUUGGCCAUCUACAGCCUCUGCUACAUCGCUCGGCCUGGAAAACGUUGUUAUCUGAGUCUUGGAGGAACAGAGCUCAUCAUUCAGACUUACACCUGGGAUAACUCUUUCUACGGCGAUGGAAAGAAGUUCAUUGGUUCUGCCUACCCUGCGUCCAUGUAGUGAAACCCUGAACCAGUAAAACACUUUAGAUCAGGAACAAAAUAAGCCUAGACUCUUUGGUAAAUGAAGUGCAUCACUAGUGUAGGACCUUUUAAGUAGUUUUUAAAUACAAUUUUUUACCAAUCCAGAAUUAACCUUUUCUUCAGGUAAAAGACCACUGAUUUAAUUUUUUAUCAGUAAUCUACCAGUUUAUAUUGAAAAACAUUGCAUUUGCUGAAAAUGUUUUACAAAGUAGUAAUGGAAAAUAAUUGGCUUUUAAAAAUUUUAACAAAUCAGAUUUUUAUGUAAAACAGCACUCUGCUACAGUUAUUAAAGUGCCUCAAAGACGAUGAAUUAAAGAUUUUUAACUCAAA